CCGUCACCGUCCCUCCGCCAAUCCCUUCACCAUGGCAAAUUCAAGGCUUCAGGAUGAAGACAUUCUGAGCGACGUUGUCCCAAGUAACAUCGUUUCGCGCCAAGAUACGCCGGGUGAUGAACAUGAAGUAGAGAGCGAAGGUGCCGAGGAAAUCCCUGUCGAGGUGGACGAACUGGGGAGCGGGGACGAGUCCGAAGGUGGACCUUCUUCGCCCCAGACGGCUAAAACUAGAAGAGUAUCAGAGAAGAAGCAGAAGAGAAGAGCGGCAGAGGGUGUGCUGCAGGAGAGGCGACACGAGAUGGAUAAAGCCAAGGUUGCGGACGCCGUCAAGCGGUAUACCUAUCUUCUUGGUCAGACGGAUUUAUUCAGGCAUUUUGUGGACAUGAAGCGUGCGCGCGACCCGGAGUACGCUGCCAUGCUGGACGCUCAGCCAAAGCCCAAGGGAAGGGGGCGGAAGAAGACAGCCGACAAGAAUGCGCGUCAUCGUAAGUCGGAGAAGGAAGAAGAUGAGGAACUGCUCAAGGACGGCGAGAUGGCUGUCGACGGAAAUGAUCAACCCUACGUUUUCGAGGAGUCACCGAGCUUCAUCAGCGGCACCAUGCGUUCCUAUCAAGUCCAAGGCCUGAACUGGAUGGUGUCACUCCACCACAACGGUCUCAAUGGUAUCCUCGCGGAUGAGAUGGGUCUCGGCAAAACGCUUCAAACCAUCUCUUUCCUCGCCUACCUGAAACACCAAACAAACACCCCCGGCCCCCAUCUCAUCGUCGUCCCCAAAUCGACUCUCCAAAACUGGGCCCGCGAGUUUAGCCAAUGGACUCCAGACGUCAGCACCGUCGUUCUCUCCGGCUCGAAGGAAGAGCGCGCGGAGCUCAUCGCCACUCGUCUCAUCACGCAAGACUUCGACGUCUGCAUCACUUCGUACGAAAUUUGUCUCAUCGAGAAAUCGGCGUUGAAGAAGUUCAGUUUCGAGUAUAUCGUGAUCGACGAGGCGCACAGGAUCAAGAACGUCGACUCUAUUCUUUCGCAGAUCGUUAGGUCGUUCAUCUCGAGGGGAAGGUUGUUGAUCACUGGCACGCCGUUGCAGAACAACUUGAAGGAGCUGUUCGCGCUGCUCAACUUUAUCUGCCCGGAGAUCUUCUCCGACUAUGGUGAUUUGGAAAGCUUCCUGCAUAAGGACGAGGAGGCGGGGGAUGCGGAUGAAGAGAAGAGUAAGAAGGUGGUUGAGGCGUUGCAUAUGAUCCUUAGGCCGUUUUUGCUCAGACGUGUUAAGAGUGAUGUGGAGAAGAACCUCCUUCCAAAGAAGGAGAUCAAUAUUUACGUCGGCCUGUCCGAUAUGCAGCGCAAGUGGUACCGUUCGGUCUUGGAGAAGGAUAUCGACGCUGUGAACGGAUUGACUGGGAAGAAGGAGGGUAAGACGCGGCUCAUGAACAUGGUCAUGCAGCUGCGUAAGGUUACCUGUCAUCCCUACCUCUUCGAUGGAGCCGAGCCUGGCCCACCCUACACCACGGACGAGCAUCUCGUUCAGAACUGCGGAAAGAUGGUCAUCCUGGAUAAACUCCUGAAGUCGAUGAAGGAGAAGGGUUCUCGUGUGCUCAUCUUCAGUCAGAUGAGUCGUAUGCUCGAUAUCAUGGAGGAUUAUUGUCUGUUCCGCCAAUACAAGUACUGCCGUAUUGACGGAAGCACCGCUCACGAAGACCGUAUCGUUGCUAUCGACGAGUAUAAUAAGCCUGGCAGCGAGAAGUUCAUUUUCUUGCUCACCACUCGUGCUGGUGGCUUGGGCAUCAACUUGACCUCCGCCGAUGUCGUCGUCUUGUAUGACAGCGAUUGGAACCCGCAAGCCGAUCUCCAAGCUAUGGACCGCGCGCAUCGUAUCGGGCAGACGAAGCAGGUGUACGUGUUUAGGUUCAUCACUGAGGAGAGCGUGGAGGAGCGGAUGUUGGAGCGGGCGGCGCAGAAGUUGAGGUUAGACCAGUUGGUCAUCCAGCAGGGGAGACAGACGCAGAGCAAAGCUGCCAACAAGGAGGAACUGAUGGAGAUGAUCACGCAUGGCGCUGAGAAGAUCGUGAAUGCUACGGACUCCAUCUUGAUCGACGACGACAUCGACGCCAUCAUCCACCGUGGCGAAGAACGCACCGCUGAACUGAACUCCAAAUACGAAGGUCUCAACCUCGAAGAUCUGUCCAACUUCAAAUCCGAAAACACUGUCCAGCAAUGGGAGGGCGAGGACUUCAGACCGGGCCAGCGCAAGGCGCUGACGCUCAACCCGUUGGCGCUGUCGAAGCGCGAGAGGAAGCUGAAUUAUUCGGUGGAUAAUUAUUUCAAGGAUGCUAUGAGGGCGGGGCCGAGUAAGACGGAGAAGGCACCAAAGGUACCGAGGGCGCCGAAGCAGAUUCAAAUGCAAGACUUCCAGUUCUUCCCACCACGGCUGGCCGAGUUGCAGGAGAGGGAGUUGGCCGCUCACAAGCGCGCCAAUGGCAUUGCCGCCACACUUCGUGAACCGCAGGGUGAGGAGGAUACGCCCGAAAAGCUGGAGGCGGAACGGCAGGCUGCCCAAGUCUUCAUUGACCAAGCUGAGCCCCUGGAUGAUGACGAGCAGGAGGAGAAGGACAGAUUGAUCGCGGAAGGAUUUGAGGAUUGGAGCAGACGUGACUUCCAGCAGUUUGUCAGGGGACUGGAGACUUAUGGAUGGACCGAGGAUCUCGCUUUGCUCGCUUCUGAGAUCCAGGACAAGUCUGAGGAUGACAUCAAGGCGUACUACCCCGUCUUUAAGCAGAAAUGGCAGACUCUGUCUGAAUACCCUCGAAUCUCAGCACGUAUCGCCGAGGGCGAAGCGAAGCGCAACAAACGCUCCAACCUCGAGUCCCUCCUCUCCAAGAAGAUCAACUCCGUUCGCUACCCCAUGCAAGAGCUCGAACUCAACUACCCCACCACAAAAGGCAAAGUCUACUCCGAAGAAGAGGACCGGUAUCUCCUCUGCCGACUCAACCACUACGGGAUGGGCGUGGACGACGUUUACGAAAGGAUUAAGAAGGACAUCACGGAGUUCCCGGUGUUCAGGUUCGAUUGGUUCUUCAAGAGCCGGUCGCCGUUGGAGUUGCAGAGGAGAUGUAAUACGCUGUUGGGCAUGAUUGAGAAGGAAGCGGAAGCUAGACAGGAAGAGAUGAAGAGCAAGGGGACGGCGUCCAGAGGAAAGAAACGAGGAGCGGAUGACACAGUGAAGGUAGAGGCCUCGAGAGACUCGACGCCUGCAAAUGGGACGGGUACGCCUUCAGGGUCGGCUCAGCCAUCCAAGCGUCCGUACAAGAAGAAGAAGACAUAGAUUCUUCCAGUUGGACGGUCGAUCCUCUAGUUAUGUCCUGUUUCUAUCGCACUUGUUGCAUUUGCACUGUCGUAUCUUUUCUAGACCUGUUUUGUACCGUUAAUUUGUUCUCUCGCCAAUUCAUCCUUAUUCGUGUCUCGU